CCUUCCUGUCGCAUCUCUGUUCGGCGGUAGAACCGAGGCUGUGGCCGCCAGCCAAGCAUCAAUGAAUAUCAAUACUUCUAUUGCUAUACAAGCAGUACUGCUUGUUUUGGCAUUAGCUGUCCUUGUUCUACGAACCUGGGCGCAUUACCUCCUUAAGCAGAACUUACUCAACCUGUCGGAUAUCUUUGCAUGGCUAGGAUGGGUCUUCAGCUUAGGAUGGUUCAUCUGCUCAACACUCGCGCUCCAAAUCCUCAUCGAUAACCCCGCGGUCGGAGCAGAACUCGUAGUUAACUCGGUUGAGUACUUAAAAACUGUACUGGUAGCUGAGUACUUCUUUGAUACUGGGAUUUACUUCCCCAAGAUAUCCAUUGUUCUCUUCUACUGGACUUUAAUUCCCAGGGUUCUGGAAACCUUGAGAAGAGCAUUACUCGGAAUCUCGAUUUAUCUCGGUUGCGCUCUGCUUGCAUCGGUUCUUACGAACACUCUCAUAUGCCUGCCCUUCUCCGAUAAUUGGUCUAUCGAGAAUCAGCUAAAAUCAGCGUGGAACUCAUAUCCUUCCUUCUGUAUCCAGUGGGCUCUCAACUUCUCGACGGAUUUGCUAAUAUUUAUCUAUCCAUUCUUCCUGCUGAAGCACUUGAGAUUGCGAAAAGAACAAAAGAUUGGUCUCAUUGGCGUCUUUUCCUUGGGAACCAUCACAUUGAUAGUCAGCCUUUCCCGAUUCAUCGCGUACAAUGUGACCGAUUUUGAGCUCGAAGACGAAGCCGGCAAUACGUUAUCUCUCGCCGAAAUGAGUACCGCCGUUAUAGUCGUUUGUCUCCCGGGCCUUCGAACAUUCAUCGUACGGUCGAAAAAGUCUACAAAUCGCUCGUCUUCACACCAGCUCAGCGGCUACGGCAACCACACACGGAUCGGAGUAGGACAAACAUCCAAGACAGGCACACAUAAAGGACAAGCCCCGCCAUCGUCGUAUGCGAAAUGGGGCGUUAGAGAUGACGAGAUCGAGUUGGUAACUCAUAUACGCGUUUCCCACGAACUGGCGAAUCCAGACGCUUGCAGCGCGAGCGAACAAAGCGCAACGAGUCGAAAUUUGGGAUUAUGAUCUUCACAAUAGAGUUUGGCGUUGGAGGAACUAGAUACAUGAUUUAUGAAAUAAGAGGUUUUGGGAUUCAACAGCAUAAAUGCACGUGCUAUCACACUGGAUGCUUCACACACGAUGGCUGUUACAUAUUGGAUAAACGAACAGAGUAUGAUAUCAUUUGACAUGUCUUUGAGAGACCGCGAAGCCUGAAAGUUCCAUAUUAGACGGAAGAUAGGCUCCAAUAGUUAGCUCAGAAGUCAGGCCCCUACCGAGAGUAAUACUUUACUGACUAAUAUAAAGAACC